GGUCAGCUGAAGCUGUCAAUCAUCCAGGAGCAAGAAGUUCUUGUUGUUAGUGUUCUGGAGGCUAGGGGCAUUGUGGAGGAUUGCCAGCGGUCAUGUGACUCUUAUGUUAAGAUCGGCAUGUUCCCGGACAGCGAUCCCAGCGACAGACAGAAGAGUCAGAUGGUUCCUGAGUGUAGGAACCCCAUCUUCUUGCAAACCUUUUACUUUGUUGUCAGUGAAGGGGACCUGCAUAAGAGACUGCUCUUCACAAUGUGGAACUCUGACUCCACAUCAAGGAUGAGUUUACUGCUGGGUUGCAUGAGCUUUGGUGUGCGUUCCCUUAUGGACCCAGACAAGGAAUUUCAAGGAUGGUACUUCUUACUUGGGGAAGAGCUGGGGAGGAAGAAGCAUCUUAAAGUGCCAACACAACACAACAACCCCACUGCUCUAAGUCUUCAUCAGUCUGAGGGUCUGGAGGUGGGGCGACUGGAAGCGAGGGAUUAA